AUGAUAGGUGCUAAUAAUGAUGCAGGCAUUUGUGGUUUCCGCUGGCUAGCAUGUUCUCGUCUUGUACUGUGUAAUUCUUCGGACAAUUCAUGUUCUCAACCAAAUACGACCUGUGUUCAACAUCCUGAAUGUAAUGAUCUUCCUGUUUGUUAUCCGUUUACAAUGACUGAUCAAAGCAUCUGUCCACCGAUGAAAAAUAAGACCAAUCUUGAAUGGAAACAAAAUGGCAUCACUGUGGCUGGUGGUAAUGGACCAGGUAAAGAAUUAAAUCAACUAAAUCGCCCUCGUGGGAUCUUGAUUGAUGAAAAGAAAAAUAUUUUUAUUGCUGAUGGUGAUAAUAAUCGUAUUGUUGAAUGGAAAUACAAUGCAACGGAAGGACAAAUCAUUGCAGGUGGAAAUGGGCAAGGAAAUCAAAUGGAUCAAUUGAGCCUACCAACAGAUGUGGUUAUUAAUCAACAAGAUCAUUCGAUCAUCAUUGCUAAUAACGGCAACAAUCGAGUGAUUCAAUGGACGAACCAAACUCAACAAAUUCUCAUUCAGAAUAUUGACUGUAGGGGCUUCGCAAUAGACAAAAAUGGUUUUCUUUAUGUUUCUGAUGGUGUCAAGAAUGAAGUGAGACGAUGGAAAAUGGGAGAAUACAACAACGAAGGAAUUGUAGUGGCAGGUGGAAAUGGAAAAGGAGAUAAACUCAAUCAACUCGAUUCUCCUAAUUUUGUAUUUGUUGAUGAAGACCAAUCUGUUUAUGUAUCAGAUAUAUUCAAUCAUCGUGUAAUGAAAUGGAGAAAAGAUGCAAAAGAAGGAAUAAUUGUGGCUGGAGGAAAUGGUCCAGGAGGAAAUCUGAAUCAGUUGUCUUCACCUAUGGCAGUCAUUGUUGAUGAUUUCGGUCAAAUCUAUGUGGCAGAUUGUGAUAAUCAUCGAGUAAUGCGUUGGUGUGAAGGAAAAGAAGAAGGUGAAAUUGUUGUUGGUAGAAAUGGACAAGGAAAUCAAUCAGAUCAAUUGAAUAUUCCCGCUAGUUUAUCUUUUGAUGAUGAAGGAAACCUUUAUGUUGCUGAUGCGAUAAAUUCUCGAAUUCAAAAAUUUGAAUUAAUUUUGUGA